UGUCGUCUUCGAGUGGCAGACAGCAGAAGCCAAUCCGCGAGUUGAACGGCGCGCAACAAUAGCUGAUGAAUGAAUAGAAGGGAAAGCGCCGGCCGCUGAUUUCGUCAAGCGACAUUCGAUCAGCAACGACGGCUGGAUUCUCCGUGUGCUCUUCGUGCUGUGAUUUCAAUCUUCCUUCAGUUGUCGGGAUUCAACGAAAGGCGGUUUCCAAGCAUCGGUAUCGAUAUAAAUAAUCAUCUGGACCGAGACAAUCAGCUUUCAGCUGCCGCGGUCAUAAAUGGUUCCGGUGCGGAGAAGAGCUCAGGGAGGAUUCUUGUAGUAACUCCUUCCGCAACCCGUUUCGAGAGCGUGAAGAAGGAAUGGCGGAUGCACAUCGAUUCUUGUCUCAAACCUUCCUCCAGAUCAUGCUGGAUCGACGAUACUUGCCGUUGUCGGAUUUCAGAGCUCUAGUUCACGCUCUGAAUCAGAAAUACGACUACGAUCUCAGUCUAGAUCAUGAUGCGGAUUUGCUCGAAUUCAUCAACAAACUCAAUCCAACGCUGACAUCACUCCACUUGAAACUCUCCCAGAGUAUAGACGAGGAGAAAGGCCACAGAGUGCUUGUUCUCUGCAAUACGCUCUCGUCAGAGCUUUCCCGAAAUCCCACGUUCAACGAUCAGCAGAUGGCUCUCUUCCGUCAGAUUGUCACCGCAAUAGUUGAAUCUGUUGAUGGAAUCCUCGACUUGGAGCAGGCUGAAUCCGCUGUAGUCGACAUCCCAAAUUGUACGUUGUCGGCUCAGCAAGCGAAGAAUACGGUUCAACAACUCAUCAAGCAGAAGUAUCUGCGAUGUUCCAACGACGUUGUCACGCUUACACCGUCUGCUCUGUCAGAACUUCAGCCUUACAUAGCCGCGACCAUGCCGGAUCAGGUCUCCAACUGUUUCGGAUGCAAUUCCUUGUGCCUACAGGGAGAGCGCUGUCCCGGGAGUCAGUGUAAAGGUCGCGUACAUAAACAUUGUGCUCCUACUGUAUUUCAGCGGAAAAAAGCAUGCAGACUUUGCAAGGGGCCUUGGGGGUCGGAAGUAUUCUCUCAAUAAACUUACGAUUUUUUCAAAC